AUGGAAAAUCGUCAUGGUCUGAAAUCCUGGCAUUGGGGACAAAAUCAUGAAAUUGAAGCAGAAAAAGGAAGAAUUCGUAGACUUGCCAAUUUUCCAAUUUUCGAUAAGGUUGAAGUGAAUGACGAUAGUCAUGACAAUCUUUAUAGAUUUAUGAGGACAUCAAGAAAUAUCCCAAAAAUCGAGGAAGAAUUUGAAAAAUUUCUAAUAGACGGAAAUGGAAUACCUAUAAAACACUUUAUUCGAUACGAUGGAGAAACACUAGAACCUCAACCUGUGAGACCAGGAGAAUACCCUGGUGAAUCAUUCACGUCAAAAGAUACCAACCCCAUAAAGGCUGAAAUUGAUAAAUUUCAUUGGGAAACAGAAUCUCAAUAA